AACUGUGGGUACCCAUGGAUGUGGCUGAGAGCCCUGAACGGGACCCUCGCUCUCCAGAGGACGAAGAGGAGGAGCAGCAAGGGCUCUCCGACGAUGACAUUCUGAGAGAAAGUGGGUCUGAUCAGGAUUUGGACAAAGCUGCAGGGAGGGCUUCUGAUUUGGAGGAUGAGGAAAAUGCUGUCCUAGGACUGAGCCAGGAGGAAGAGGAAAGUCGCUCUGAUGAGGAGGAUCAGGACCAGGACUCUGAGCCUCAGGAGCUGAACAGGGGCCCUACGAGCCCCCCACAUGCAGAGGAAGGGGAUGGGGGGGAGGAAGACCGCACAAGUGAUCUGAGGGACGAGGCCUCCUCGGUCACCAGGGAACUGGACGAGCAUGAGUUAGACUAUGAUGAGGAGGUCCCUGAAGAGCCAGCCCCCACUGGGCAGGAGGACGGAGCAGAGAAGGCUGGGGCAGAGGAGGAUGAGGAAAAGGGAGAAGGAGCUCCCGAGGAGGAGGGAAAGGCCGAUGUCCACAGUGUGGAAGAAAAGGAGCCCCCGGAGGCAGCCAAGGAGAAAAAAAAAGAGGAUGACGACGGAGAGAUUGAUGAUGGGGAGAUCGAUGAUGAUGAUCUGGAAGAGGGCGAAGUAAAGGAUCCCAGUGACAGGAAGGUGAGGCCUCGUCCCACCUGCCGAUUCUUCAUGAAAGAUGUUGUGACACCAUUAUCCACUCUUCUUCCACCAAUAUCAAAUUCCAUACCAUUCAGAGACCAGGUUAAAGGGAACUGUACCUGGGGAAUGAAUUGUAGGUUUAUACACCCUGGAGUCAACGACAAGGGCAACUACUCCCUCAUCACCAAAGCCGAACCUUUCCCGCCUAACGGUGCCCCACCUCUCGGACCUCACCCACUGAUGCCUGCCAACCCUUGGGGUGGGCCAGUAGUUGAUGAAAUUUUGCCUCCACCCCCUCCAGAACCCCCCACAGAGAGUGCCUGGGAACGAGGACUUCGGCAUGCAAAGGAGGUUUUAAAAAAAGCAACCAUUCGAAAAGAACAGGAGCCUGAUUUUGAAGAGAAAAGGUUUACUGUGACCAUUGGUGAGGAUGAACGGGAGUUUGACAAAGAAAAUGAAGUUUUCCGAGAUUGGAAUUAUCGGAUUACAAGAGAUGUCAGAGACACAGCACUUGAGCCUUAUGCAGAUCCUUAUUAUGAUUAUGAAAUAGACCGGUUCUGGCGUGGCGGGCAGUAUGAGAAUUUCAGGGUGCAAUAUACAGAAACAGAACCGUACCAGAAUUACCGGGAAAGUCAGGAGGGCACUUCACUUCUUCCCAGCCACCUAAAGAUCAAAGCCUGCCAAGAGCGAGAGAACAGACAGCGAGAGCGCGAGCGGGAGCGUGAGCGAGACCGAGAACGAGAGCGCCGACAGCGGGAGCGGGAGCGGGAGCGAGAGCGAGAGCGCGACAAGGAGCGGCAGCGGAGGAAAGAGGAGUGGGAGCGAGAGCGAGCCAAACGGGACGAGAAGGACAGACAGCACAGAGACCGAGACAGAGAGAAAGAGCGGGAGAAGGAAAAGGAGAAGCCAAAGCCCCGCUCCCCACAGCCACCAAGCCGACAAGCUGAGCCACCAAAGAAGGAGGCAGUCUCUGCUGGGCCACAGGUGAAGCGAGCAGAUGAGUGGAAAGACCCUUGGCGCCGGUCCAAGUCUCCCAAGAAGAAACUUGGUGUAUCGGUCUCCCCUAGCCGUGCACGAAGGCGUCGAAAAACGUCAGCCUCAUCAGCCUCUGCCUCCAAUUCCUCCAGGUCGUCUUCACGGUCCUCCUCCUACUCUGGCUCUGGUUCGUCCAGGUCUCGGUCCCGGUCCUCAUCCUACAGCUCCUACUCUAGCCGGUCUUCCAGACACAGCUCCUUCUCAGGCAGCCAGUCCAGGUCCCGAUCCUUUUCCUCAUCCCCGUCCCCCUCUCCAACGCCUUCUCCACACAGACCUGUCCGAACCAAGGGGGAGCCAGCUCUGCCUCCUGGGAAAGCAGGAGAGAAGAUGGUGAAGAAACCAGCCCCACCUCCAGCCCCACCACAGGCCCCCAAGACCACUGCCCCCACCCCUGAGCCUGCCAAGCCAGGAGACCCUCGGGAAGCCAGGAGGAGGGAGCGCCAAGCCAGGACCCCCCCCAGGAGGCGGACCAUCAGUGGCAGUGGCAGUGGCAGCAGCUACAGCGGCUCUAGUUCCAGAUCCAGGUCCUUGAGCGUGAGUAGCGUCUCCUCAGUGUCCAGCGCCACGUCAAGCAGCAGCUCAGUGCACAGCGUGGACUCAGACGACAUGUACGCAGACCUGGCCAGCCCUGUGUCCUCAGCCAGCUCACGGUCCCCCACCCCAGCCCAGACCAAGAAGGAGAAAGGAAAAUCUAAAAAAGAAGAUGGCGUUAAAGAGGAUAAGCGGAAAAGGGAUUCAUCCACACAGCCACCCAAAUCCUCAAAAUCUUCCACAGGCAGUAAAUCCUCCCAGCAGCCCACAACUCCCCAGCAGGCACCCUCUGGGCAGCCCCAGCAGGGUACAUUUGUGGCACACAAGGAGAUCAAGUUGACACUGCUGAACAAGGCCGCUGAUAAAGGGAGCAGGAAGCGAUAUGAGCCCUCAGACAAGGACAGGCUAAGCCCUCCUCCAGCCAAGCGGGCCAACUUAUCCCCAGACCGAGGUUCUCGGGACCGGAAGUCAGGUGGGAGAUUGGGCUCUCCCAAGCCAGAACGGCAGAGAGGCCAGAAUUCCAAGGCUCCCGUGGCCCUGCCAGACAGGAAGCGUCAACUGUCGCCCCAGUCCAAGAGCUCCAGCAAGGUCACAAGUGUGCCUGGUAAAGCCUCAGACGCCGGCACCGCUGCCUCCACGGGCACCAAAUCAGGGAAGGCCAGCACGCUGUCGAGGCGGGAGGAGCUCCUAAAACAGCUCAAAGCCGUGGAGGACGCCAUUGCUCGCAAGCGGGCCAAGAUUCCCGGGAAAGUGUAAUGGGCCCCGCGGGCUCAGCUCCCCUGCCAGAGGCAAAGACUAUGUGUUUUUAUAAAUAGGGUAAGCGCAGCCAUUUUGGAUUUUGCAGUUAAUGUCUUAUUUUGGCUGUGAUUCUUUUUAAAAA